AGGUUCCCAUCGAUGAAAAUUCCAUCAACUAUCAUUUAGCGCAGUCACACAAUUGGGAAAGGUGUGAGAGCUGCCCAGCCACCAUGGCUGUUGAUGCUAAAGACCACCUUGCAACUUUUCAUGCCACGCUAUCCUGUAAAUAUUGCCAGCAGAAGCUCUCCAAGAGAGCGAUGAAAGACCACCUCCUAAACCUCCAUAACGAAAGGCAAUGCCCUUACUGCGGCGAAGUCGAUCAAGAGAUUUCGCUUGACAACCACAUCCAGCGAACUCACCAGCCCAGGAAGUGCCUGCUAUGCGAUGCAGAAUUCCCGGCUUCUGAUUUGCUUGUCCACUCUCAAGAAGCCCAUUCAGCGAGGCUCUGUACCUACUGUUCCUUUUUUGGAGCCGAUUCUAAUGUUGAACAACAUAUCGCUCAGUGUCAUAUCUAUUGUGAGGAAUGUGCAAGCAGGUAUUCGAAAUCGCAGCUUCGCACUCACCGACGGGAAGUGCAUUCGUGGGAGGACUGCUCGGACUGCGAAGUUCAAUGUGCACCGUCGCAGCUGGCAGAACACAAGAAGGUCCAUGACCUUCGACAAUGCCCAUUCCCUAGUUGCCCCGGGUUCCCAUCGUCUGCCGACACUCUCGCCACGCAUAUACAUCGCAAGCAUUCAGUUUCGUCAUGUCCCUUCUGUGGCGCCCGUGUAGACGGCUUGGACGCGCAUAUCUCAGACCACAUGUGUGAGUAUGAUCAAAAUGAACCAUGUCCCAGUUGCGGGAAGAAGUGCGAAGAGGUCCAUUUCUUCGCCCAUGUCUUGGCUCACAGACUCCGUCCCCAUCAUGACUCGGGAGAAACAGCACAACCUAACGAAGCUAGCAAAGACCCCACGCCGGAACAGUAGGUCUUUCCAGGCAUAUUCACCCAGACAUGACUAAAAAACUCCAGGUUUGAAAAACUUCUCAAGAACUUCCUAGGCCACUGUCAGGGUCAAGCUGCGUCAUGGCUUCACAUGCAACGACAACACAAUUUAGUUCACAGCGAUGCUAUCCACGACGCGGCUAAUCAACAUGCGGAUGGAAAGAGCGAAACAAGCAAG